AUGGCUGACGACCACCGCAUAAUAAUAUCCAGUCCAGAGGCUGAAAUACCGCGUGAAGAAAUGCUCCAAGAUACAGCAGAUAUGGGCGCCACCACCUCAGUUUCCAUCAAAGACUUUGCCUAUGCCACCACAGACCCUUUGCACUACGGAGUGACCACUGAGAUGGGACUGGAGUUUGAUGACUAUAAUGAUUAUAACGAGAAUGACGAGGAAUAUUUGACAGAAGACUACGAGACCAUGCCGUCUUGGGUCAAGGAUGACCAGGAGGAUGAUAUACCAGGCGAGGACCGUCUGCGGCGUGCCAUUGCCCUGUAUCCCUUUUCUCCAGAGAACGAGAACGAGCUCGAGCUCGAAGAACACCAGGUGAUAAUGAUUAAUUACAAGUAUGGCGAUGGCUGGCUGGUUGCAAGUGAUUUGGAGACCGGGGAUACGGGGCUGGUACCGGAAGAGUAUGUGCAAUUGCUGGAGGAGGAGGAAGAGGAAGAAGAAGAAGAGGCCAGGCCGUUUUUGCCCAGCAUACUCCAGGACAGCGGUGGUGUUGAUGCCGAUGACGAUGAUGAGUGGGAGGAUGAAGAAGAUGAAGAGGAUGAUGAAGAGCUUUCGGAAGCCACGGACAAUUUACAGAAGUUACGGGUAGGUGAGAAAUGA